GAUCCAAUCGAUGGUAUGAAAGAAGCUUGUGGAAAUUCAGGUCAUUGUAUAGAAUUGAAUGAGAAGUUAUCUACCUGCAAUGAAAGAGUCACCUCCCGUACCAAGACAGAAGAGACGUGUAGCGAGGAGCUCUUUGAUUACUUGCAUUGUGUUGAUCAUUGUCUUGCAAAAAAUUUAUUCAAGAAACUCAAGUGAGUGAAGAGCUUUUUUUUAUUUAAUGUUAUAUGUGAGUCAAGGGCACUUGUAAUACUGAAUUUAGGUCAUUGCUGCAACAAAAAGGCAAUGGUCUUUUUUGUGUCAUGCCAGUUUCCUUUAAAGACCAGAUGUUUCAGCUCCCCCAAAAUUAGCUUUAUAUGUUUGUAAAUAAUGGCUGAAAAUUUCUUGAAGUAUUGUGACUGUAUUAAAUAUAAAUAACACUA